AUGGCCACACUCAUAGAUUUGCCACAGGAGCUCCGUCAAAGGAUCCUUCUCACAGCCGUACAGCAAGAAGACCGGCUAGCCGGGAGCAAAUGGCCCAAAACCAUCAUCGCGCUCCUCCACGUGUGCAAAACGCUGCGGCGCGACAUGCCGUGGGUGCUCGACCAAUGGACCCCGCUCCGGCACCUGCAGCGGCCAUCCGACCUGACGACGGCGCCGUCGCUGUCCAUCGACGGCGUCGCGUGCGGGCCGUUUCUGACAAAGCCCGCGGAGAUGCUGUACAUCGACCUCUUUCACGACACGUUGGCCGCAAACAUCCGCAAGGCUACCUGGAACCCGCUUGACGAUGGCGUCGAAAUGCACCAGGCGCUCGUCGACGCGUGGCGUGACGCCGUGCCGCAGCUGCCCAUGGACAAAGGCCUCGUGGUGCUCGACGCUACGCCGGCGCCGGGCUGGGCGCGCGAGGGCCACGAAUACACUCUGCAAUGGCUGAUGUUGCGCGGGGCACAGGCUUUCCUGGCUUAUCACAUCGAUGGCAUCGUGGACCUCGUGCGGCGCAUAUACCAGCACUAUGCGGGGAACGUCGAGGUUAUGCUGGCCGGUAGAUAUGAUACGUUCCACAUUCAGUCCUUGCUACGCAUCUGUUUUCUAUUGCGCGACUUCGGUAUUAAGCUUCCAGAGGGGAGACAAGUAAAGUUUUCGAACAGUUUGCGGGUGAGGCGGAAGACGAUCCUUUACGCCGUGCAUAACCUGGCGCCAAGGAAGGGGACGCCAGAGGUGGAGGACUGGUCGCAGGCGAUGAGGCUGGCACCGCUAAGGAAGGUCAAGUGGUCGGAAAAGGCGGCCUGGCUCUUCCAAGACCUCAGCACCGUGGGGGGCAGCUUGGACAAAUUGACGGAUGACAUGCGAAAAUUGGCUGAAGUAAUGGUCGAUGAGCACGGGACCACUGUUACAAUUACGGAAUGGACACAGCUUCACCUUUCGCGUCGCAGGCUAAUACGCCAUAUGGCAAGAGAUAUGGGACUGCGGGUGAAGUCGGAAGGCGAGGGCGAGAAUAGGUACGUCGUCAUCUCCAAGGAGUCCGUUUAA